GAACUGGGUAGGUUGGAGCUUUCUUUUUAUGAAGUGGAAUAUUUGUUUCUCAUAGUCGUAGGCUGACCAUGAUGCUGAAACAUUGCUUUAUAAGUUUCCUUAUCAACUUCUGGAUUUAUGGAGGAGGAAGCCUCCCGGUACAGGAAUCUCAGACACCCCUGAGGGUUGAAUUUCGGUCAUUUAAUCUCCAGAGUAUUUUACACUGGCAUCCUGGAAGUGCUUCCACUCCCAACAACACCGUCUAUUUUGUGCAGUACAAAAUUUAUGGGGAGAAAGAGUGGACAAACAAAGAGGAAUGCUGGGGCAUUUAUGAACUCUCCUGUGACCUGACAAAUGAAACCUCAGAUGUACAAGAACCUUAUUAUGGAAGGGUGAAAGCUGCCUCUGCCGGCAUCCAUGGUAACUGGAACAUGACAAAGAGAUUUAUCCCCUGGUGGGAAACAAAAAUAGGACCUCUAUCUAUCAGUGUGAAACAAAACAACAAAUCAAUACAGUUGACACUUCAUGCUCCAGAUUCACCCUAUAAAAGAAAAAAAGGAGGAAACAUAUCAAUACAGAAUUAUUAUGAACUAGUAUACAGAGUGUUUAUAACUAAUAAUUCCCUAGACAUGCAAAAGGUAUAUGAAGGCACCAAUGACAAGGUUGAAGUGGAUAUGAUGCCUGGCUCCAACAACUGUGUAGUUGCAGAAAUAUAUUUGCCUGAACUAGACCGAAGCAGUAUGAGCACUGAAAUCUGUACCUUCAUGGCUCCAGAAAAAUGAUACAGAAGACAGCCCUCUCAGGAAUGCCAACAGCAUAUAAACUGAUGGAAUCUGAUAGUCCAGAAGAUUGCUCUGACUUGAAGAUGGUAGUUACAAAAUCCUGGUAGAAAUGAUCAAGCAAAAUUCAAAAUUGCUAUUUGUCUGUCUUUAUAAAUGUGUAUUUUAACUGCUAAAAGUAUAGGAGUGAAUAUGUGAAAGAAAACAGUUGUUUGUCAUUAUCCUGAGAAAUCUUUUUAAUAAAAAAUUUAUCUUUUUUUCUUUUCAGCAAGUCAAUUGGGGUUAAGUGACUUGCCCAAGGUCACAC